AUGUUCUACAUAUUUCUUCAAUCUAUUUUCAUCAUUCAAAUUGCCUGCGUCAUCAAUGAAAUUCCAAAUUCAUUCUGUCUUCAAUCAAUAUGUGAACUUGAGACAAAUUGUGGCUUGAAUCUUACCAAUUCUUGCAGUUACGAUAGUCAAAACCGCAAGGUUUGCGGUUAUUUUCGACUUAGCGAAUAUAUGUACAAAAAUUGUUAUUUCGUAGGAUUCAAUCCAGAAACUGAAUCGAUUAGGGAUGCAUUCCAUCGUUGCGCAAAUAAUUAUACCUGCGCUUCGGAAUGCGUCAAAAAUGUUCCCAACAUAGCAAAACACAAAUGUAAUGGCAUCUCGAAAUGUCAAAAAAUCGCCAUGGCACAUUUUGAAGGAAGAGGGCCGUAUGGUUGUACAGAAAAGAGUCCGGAAAGAAUGGGAUAUUGGAGUAAGGUUGAGAAAUUAUCAAUGGAAUUUUCGAGACAUUUUAUGGUUUUGAGACAGUUUUUUGAAUAA